AUGAUUCCUUCAACAUUUAUAUUUUUGACACACUAUAUCAAUUUAUUUUUUUUAACAGGUGAUUCUCAUUCAACAUCCCACCACACAUCAAUUACAAUUGGCAAAAAUGAAUCAACUAAGCAACUUGUUGAUUAUGAUUCGUCAGCAAGCGAGGACACUGAAAAUAGUGUGCCAUCUGUAAAGGCCACCUUUGAUGUUACUCCUAGAAAGAGGAAUUCCUCUUCCUUGCUGUUGAGCACAACACCCUUUAAAAGAAAGUUUAGUGACAACAUUUCUGAAAGCUGUCAUGACAGUCCAACUAAAAGACCAAUGAUAAAAUCUCCUCAAAAGUAUUACACCCCUAAAUGUUUGUGCGCACUUAUUGCAAAAAGGUCAAGCUCGUACAAGAAUGCUGGUAGGGAAUUCUUUGAGUGUCCAAGAGGAAAAUCAAUUGGUUGCACAUACUUCAGAUGGGCUGACACUCUCUACAACAUAGCUCCAAGAUGUAAUAUUGAUUCCAGUCUUGUCAAUGCAAGCAGUUCAUUGGACAAAGACAACUUGUUGAACGAUAGUGAUGAAGUGUUUUCUGAUCCGUCACUCAACCUUAUUCCAUCUCUCUUCGAUGCACCUAAUGCUCAAGCCCCAUUAGAAGACGAAAUCUUGGGUGAUAUUAACAAAACAGAACCAGAGAAAAUUGGUGGCCGGCCUGUCCGUUCUCGCUUGCUUCCCAAACGUCUUCGAAAAUCAUACCUCAUUGAUGAGACUCCUUGAAUAAAUUAAAAUUGUGACAUGA